CUAAAUUUUGGACUAUGGCAACACUGUUAGAGUCCUUCCUUUUGAGUAAAUUUUACAGAGGUACGUCAUGGGAAUGAAAUCCACAUCGGAGCACCAAAUGAGUAAUAUUCCCAUGUUUCGCUUCAUUUUUCAGUCUUCGUUAGAAUGGUACGCACGCUUUAGCCAACAUCCGCUGCUGCGUGUUGUCGUCCCCGCCGCAUUUUCGUCUUUUCGUCGAUAUAUUUUUUAUAUUCGGAUUCGGGUUGUUCAACAUAAUACAAAUAUAAGCAAAACGAAAAUAAAACCACCAUCAACACUUAACUAACCGACCUGCGGCGCAGUUCUUCGUAUAUUCUCGGGGAAAAAAUACUUCACACACUGUGAUCAAUCAAUGGUCGUGGACAGAAACAACUUUGUGGUGUAAACAAGUUCAAUUUUUCGAAAUAAAAGAAAAACCUUAUAAAAAUACAUAAAAGGCAGUACAACUGUGGUGGCGAUGUCCGAAACGGAAUCGCCUGGAAAAAAGGGGCUGCGUCGCCAACUGCGUGAACGCAAGGAGCGAAAACAAUAUUUGGAAGAAUGGACUGUAGGUGACGAUGAUUUGGAAGGUAUCAGAGGUUUUAGCGUUGCCGAGAAGUUGGAAUCCGCAAAAUUUGCUCAGACUGGCAUGGUACGCGAAAUGCGUGGAAGCGAUUUGAAUGUUGGCUUCCUGCAACAAUAUGGAUUCAAUAUUCCUUUGCUGUUUCGUGACAAAGCUGGUUUGGGCAUACGCAUGCCGGAUUCCAACGAGUUUACUGUGAACGAUGUACGCCUUUGCGUUGGAUCUCGGCGUAUUCUUGAUGUCAUGGAUGUUAAUACGCAAAAGAAUUUACAGAUGACCAUGAAAGAAUGGCAACAGUAUUAUGACAAUCCUCAAAAGGAUCGCUUACUUAAUGUCAUCUCUUUAGAAUUUUCUCACACCCGUUUGGACAACUUCAUACAAAGUCCCGAGGUGGUGCGACAAAUCGAUUGGGUAGAUGUUGUGUGGCCGAAGAGCUUAAAAGAUGCCCAGAGAGAAGCUACAAAUAUUCUAGGUAAUAUGAUGUAUCCCAAGGUGCAGAAAUAUUGCCUGAUGUCUGUGAAAAACUGCUACACAGACUUUCACAUAGAUUUUGGUGGUACGUCAGUCUGGUAUCACAUCUUGAAGGGUAGCAAGGUAUUCUGGCUUAUACCGCCCACGGAAAAGAAUCUGCAGCUUUAUGAAAAAUGGGUGCUAUCAGGCAAACAAGCCGACAUUUUCUUUGGCGAUACAGUGGAGAAAUGUGCUCGAGUUUAUCUGACGGCAGGAAACACAUUUUUUAUACCCACCGGUUGGAUACAUGCCGUGUAUACCCCAACGGACUCAUUGGUAUUUGGUGGCAAUUUCUUGCAUUCCUUUGGCAUUGAUAAGCAAUUGAAAACUGCCCAAGUUGAGGACACCACCAAAGUGCCUCAGAAAUUCCGUUAUCCCUUCUUUACGGAAAUGUUGUGGUAUGUAUUGGCGCGUUAUGUCUAUGUGUUAUUGGGCCAUUCGCAUUUAGAGGGUGAGCCUUCGGUAGAGGAGAAUGAAAUGUCAUCUCGGCCCCAUAUACAUCUGACGCAUUAUGAGCUAUUUGGCUUGAAGGAAAUCGUUAUGUAUCUGUAUGAUUUGCCUCCCAACAAGAAGAAUGUUCCCGAAUUAGUGCGGGAUCCCGUGGCGCUUAUCAAGGAUGUACGCACUUUGGUGGAGCGCCAUUGUAAGGAUAAGCCGGAGUUGGCUAUAACGGGCGAAUCGGUUCUCAAGCCCCCUGGCCUUAUGCAUCCGCAGUUUCAGGAAUAUGAACGUUCGCGGGUGAAGCAAGAAAUCAAGCAGGAAAUCGCCCGAAAAAAUGCCGAAAUUAUAAGGGAGCAACAACAAUUGGAGGCCCUGCAAGCUGCAGAGUCCUCGAGUGGGACACAUAUUUCACAUUUGGCAUUUAGUGGAACAACCACUGUGACAACGGACAAUGGUAUCACCAUAAAAAAGGAGCCCAUUGAAAAUGGCUGCCUAUCGUCAACGACGACGACGACGACGACGGCGACAACGACUCAACAAAAUCAAAACAAUCAAACGCAAGCACAGCAACAACAAGCACCCACAUUUGUAUCUCCCACGGAUAACAUUAAGUAUCGUCCACCCAAGAAAAUGCAUUUGGCAAAUGCCGUAGCUGCUGCCGCCGGCAAUAAUGCUGUAAGCGUUAUAGCCUCUUGUUCGAAUUAUAGUAGUUCAAGCAGUAAUGCACCUUCGUCAACGCAACAAAAUCUGCCACCCAUACAAACAUCGUUGCAUCAUCACAGCAGCUCUUCUAAUCCCGACAAUUGUCAUUCCCCCAAUGAAUCAUCCAAAAUUUCCCCAAAUGUUACGGGCUUGGGUCAGCCUCGAAGACGACGCACACGAUGUAAAAAUUGUGCCGCCUGCCAACGCUCCGAUUGUGGAGAAUGCAGUUUUUGCCUUGAUAUGGUGAAAUUUGGUGGACCUGGCAGGGCCAAGCAAACUUGUAUGAUGCGUCAAUGUCUCUCCCCAAUGCUUCCGGUGACGGCUCAAUGUGUAUUUUGCCAUUUGGAUGGUUGGCGUCAAACGCCCGUAUCGCCGCAGACAAAACAGUUAGCCUCGUUGGAUGGACCCUCGGCGUUGAUGGAAUGUUCUGUGUGCUAUGAGAUUGCUCAUCCGGAUUGUGCAUUAUCGGCAUUGGAUGGCACUGAGUAUGCUGCGGAUGCAAAAGGCAUUGUCAACGAAGAUCUUCCCAAUAGUUGGGAAUGUCCCAGUUGUUGCAAGUCGGGCAAGAACAAUGAUUACAAGCCUCGUCAUUUUCGUGCCCGACAAAAGUCCUCAGAGGUGAGACGAACCUCGGUGGGUGGUGUAAACAUUACUAACUCCGAACAUAUUGAAAGUCAUAUGCCUUCGACUAUGGGUGCCUACAACGAGUUUGUUUUCACCAGUGAAUCAGAAAUGGAAACGGGUUCUUCUAACACCACCAACAACAACUGGAAGCAUGGAGUGAAACGCCAUAUGCCCAUUGAAGUUAAGACAGAAAGAAAUUAUGAUACCCCCUCGCCAGGCAUAUCGCCCAAUACGGUGGAUAAAAUAAAGCGGCGCCGUAGUGAUGAUGGCCUCAGCAUGUGCAGUAGCAUGCAAGACAGUAUUGAUGCCAAUGCCUCCAUUGAUUGCAAUGUGGCCGGCUCGGGGGCAGGCAAUGGCAGUCAUGGCUCAAGAAAAAAGAAUUCGGUGCGAUCUCAUUUGGCCCAGCAGAUAUUGAAUUCUUCGUCUAGGGUCUUGAAGAAGCCUCAAUAUGUAGUCAGACCUGGAUCUUCCCAUACUUCAGCAUAUGGCGGAGUGGGCGCAGGAGUUGCCGGAGGCUAUUCCGGUCCCAAUUUGGCACUUGAUGCCACGCUUUUAAAAAUAAUUUUCCGCUAUUUGCCGCAAGAGACCUUGGUGACAUGCUGCUCCGUCUGCAAGGUGUGGUCGAAUGUGGCUGUCGAUCCUGCUCUAUGGAAAACCAUGAACUGUUCAGAGAUAAAACUCUCCGCAUCUCUUCUCACCGCCAUAGUACGUCGGCAACCUGAGCACUUGAUCUUAGAUUGGACUCAGAUUGCCAAAAGGCAAUUGGCCUGGAUCAUUGCUCGCUUGCCCGCCUUGAAAAAUCUCUCCCUGCAAAAUUGUCCCAUACAAGCUGUUUUAGCUUUGCACACCUGCCUAUGCCCACCCUUGCAAAUAUUAGACUUAAGUUUUGUGCGUGGUUUAAAUGAUGCAGCCAUACGUGAUAUACUAUCGCCACCCAAGGACUCAAGACCCGGUCUGGCUGAUUCAAAAACUAGAUUAAGAGACUUGAAAACGCUUAAAAUCGCAGGCACCGAUAUUUCGGAUGUGGCUUUGCGCUAUAUAACCCAAUCUUUGCCCCACCUUGUCCAUUUGGAUGUGUCGUCGUGUCAACGCAUUACAGAUGCUGGGGUAGCACAAAUCGGCACAUCGCCUACAGCAAUUGCAAAUUUAAUCGAAUUAAAUUUGAGCGCCUGCCGUUUGGUAUCUGAGCUCUCGUUGGAUCACUUGGCGAAAUGUGACCAAUUGAUAUGGUUGGACUUGAGGCAUGUGCCCCAGGUCAGCACGCAAGCAGUUAUUAAAUUUGCUGCCAAAUCGAAGCAUGAUCUGUGUGUCAAAGAUAUCAAGCUAGUGGAGAAACGAAAGCCACCCCAGACCACACCUCAAUCGUCGGCGGGAGGAGCUAGUAGCAAUUUUUCGGCUUCCACAACAACAACCACAGCUGCUGGAUCAGCAAGUAAUUGGAAUGAUUGAAAGAACACAAGCAUUAUUAAAACAAAAGCAACAGCAAAAAUAUCGGUCUAACAUAAAAAACCAAAGAUUAUUAAUAAUCUUUAAAAGUUAUCUCAUUUUGUAGUUUAUUAACAAAUAGAGUCGCCCCAAGCCAAUCAAUAAUCUAACUCCUUCCGCUCAUUCCUCCCAUUAGGGGCGAACUCCAAACACACACACACACACGUAUAGACUCAGUUUUAAGUAACCCUUUAAGAAGGCAUUCCCUCUCUCCUCUUCCAUACAAAAUGCACCACAUCAUCAUUUUAUGUAGCUUUAGCAAGGCUCAUUUUUAAACUUGACAACAUGUAGACAUACCGCCCCCCUCCCCCUAAUAACUAAAUAACAACAAUAAGAAUUGUCAAUAAUAUUACAUAUAGUUUUAGUAGUUAACCAACCAACCACCCUCCCUUUCCUCAUAUGAAUCAUUCAAUCCAUUUUAGCGCUAUUAAGAGGAACUGCAAAAACAAUAAUGCCACCUCCCCCUUACUGUCUCCCCUUUACUGUCUCUUUUGCACAUUUUAGGUGUCAUAUUUAAAAUUUUAUAAAUUUUAAAUUGUCUUACAAAAACAAAAUUGUAUUAUAUUAUUAUAAUUAUCAUUACACAUUAUAAAAUAUAUAUAUAUAUAUACAUACAUAUACAAAAAAAAACACACACACACACAAAAAUAUAUAUAUUACAUACAA